AUGCAAGAUCCUACCAUGUCGAAGCCCGAUGUUAUGCACGACGAAGCGGCAAGGAACAAACUCACGGAUACAAGUGGCAUAGAGCGUGUCCCAUUGACUGAAGAGGAAAGCAAGAGAAUAUGUCGCAAAACCGAUAGGACCAUUCUCGUCGUCCUUGCUUGGGUGUACUUCUUGCAAAUCCUCGACAAAACCGUCCUCGGUUAUGGUGCAACCUUUGGCCUACAAAUCGAUACAGGUCUCACAGGUAACCAAUACUCCUUGGUUGGAUCCAUCAGUCCCAUUGCACAACUGGCAUGGCAACCGUUUUCUUCCUACCUCAUCGUCAAAGUUCCCCACAAAAUUCUCAUGCCAGCCCUUUGCCUGGGCUGGGGUAUCGCACAGACCUGCAUGGCCGCGUGCCAUAAUUUCAACACUUUGAUGGCCGCCCGGUUUUUUCUAGGCUUGUUCGAAGCCGGAUGCCUGCCCCUUUUCGGUGUGAUUACCAGCCAGUGGUAUCGACGAGCGGAACAACCGAUCAGGAUCGCGGCGUGGUACAGUACAAACGGUCUCGCUACUAUUGUCGCCGCUGCGUUAUCAUAUGGGCUGGCUCAGAUCGAGUCGGACAUUUUGAAGUCAUGGCAGAUCAUCUUUCUCGUCGUUGGCCUCAUUACCGUUCUAUCGUCUCCCAUAGUCUACUGGCGCUUGGACAACGAUAUAUCGACUGCGCGAUUCCUCAGCGAGAGUGAGAGAUCCCAGGGGAUUGAGCGCCUGCGAGCCAACCAAACUGGAACAGGAAACACCGAGUUUAAGCUCAGCCAUGUGACCGAGGCUUCUUUAGAGCCAAAAACUUACCUGUGGAUUGGUAUGGCUUUGCUCCUCAACAUUGGCGCCAGUGUUACCAACAUCUUUGGCCCUUUGAUUCUAAGCGGACUCGGCUACGACAAAUACAGAACGACCCUGCUGACAAUGCCAUUCGGCGCGUUGCAAUUUCUCAUUAUUCUACUAGCGAGUUAUCUGGCUCAGACUGCACGCCUGAAGGGGGCUAUCAUCGCGGCUUUCAUGCUGCCCGUGAUAGCGGGCCUGGCUAUCUUGUAUGCCGUGGCACGAACCAAGUCAGUACAGGGCGAGCUUCUUGCUGGCUAUUACCUCCUUGCCUUCUUGUUCGGUGGAAAUCCAUUGAUUGUCACUUGGAUCAUUGGUAACACUGCGGGCACCACAAAGAAAUCGGUCAUCAUGAGUUUAUACAACGCAGCAAGCUCAGCCGGAAAUAUUAUCGGGCCUUUACUGUUCAACGAGAAAGACAAGCCCUCCUACCACCCCGGCCUUCGUGCAUGCCUGGGAAUUUUCAGCACUCUAGCAGCUCUGGUUCUCAUUCAAUGGGUUAAUCUUUGGUUCCUUAACAAACAACAAGCUCAUCGGCGAGUUCGAAACGGCAAGAGGGCGGAGAUUGUCGAUCACUCAAUGCAAACACAUUAUCACGAGAUGCAAGAGAACAAUGUGGAGGAUGCCGACAUCGACACCGUUCCUGUUGGCGACAAUGCAUUCCAGGACCUGACUGAUCGAGAAAACGAUGAAUUCGUCUAUAUAUACUAG